AUGCUUUUCCGUGAGAUUGCACAACUGGUCAACGCGGCCGUGUUUGCCGUGUCGCCUGUCGUGCGAAUAUGGACCGUGCCGUACCCGGCCAACCUGCUGUGCGUGGCGUGCUCGUUUCUCGACAUCACCAACGACAUAAUCUCCGCCGUGUACCAGGCCGAUCCUGAAUACGCCGCCCUUAUGAUGUUGCGGGCGUUGCUGGGUGUCAUCUUGCUCUCGAUGUUCUUGCAGCGGGGGCAGCGCCGUUGUGGCACCGCCAGCGAGACAUCCGAGUUUUAUCUGCCCCACCGGAACAGGUUUGUUUUCACCCCGAGCUCCAUCCCUGCGAGACCGGGCACGGUGGAAGAGGUGAUGCCCAUCUACGAGACAGCCAGCCCAAACGCUCACGGCGGGUUCCUGCACAAGAUGAAGCCCCAGACGGCGCCCGUGCUGGCGGCGCUGCUCGCCGUGUCACCUGUUCCGUCAAACGCGAGUCCCAUCCUCCACGCGGAGCAUGCCCCCACUUUCCACGCAAACCCCACGCUCCAGCUCGUCAGCUUCGGAGUCGUAGUGCUCACCAAGCUCGCCGAGUGCUACAACGUCUAUUUCAUGGGCGAACUGCCCUACCAGAUUCUGGGAGAAACACUUGCGAUGUUGGUGGCAACUAUCGCGUCUUGGAAAUUCGUAUACCUAUUUAACUCGAUCUCGUGGAUGGCGACGGUGUUGGUACUGGAUAUUGUCGGAUCUGUGGGCGUGGCUGCGCAGCUGUGGCGCAAAUCAACAGACUCGCCCAACUCGAAAACGUUGUACGGGUCGAUCGAGGACCCGGACCCACGGUCGAGUCUGUACGACUCGUUCGAUGUCGACCCGUCAGACAAGGUGGUCUCUGUGCAGACCGUGGAGCAAGUAUAA